GUUUGUCUCCCGUGCCCGCCGCGGAGGAGAAGCUCCGGUCCCUUCCCCCGGCCUCCCCGCCGUGGCCAUGGAUCCAGACCCCGCCGACGAGAACCCCCUCGCCGCCCUCUCUCUCCGCGGCUCCGACCUGCCCGCGCACUUCGCUGCCGGCCACGAGAUCGACGAGGAGGACGAGGACGAUGGAUAUGCGACGGCCGCCGCGCGGAGGGAGGGGCUCGACGAAGGGGACGGAGACGCCGGCCCGACCAGACCCAGAAGCAGCGGCUACGCCGGCGAGCGGGGCAGCAGCCUCGCCUCCAGCACCGGCGCCGGCGGCAUCGAGGAGCCCGACGCCUCCCCGCCCCUCGGCCCCGGCGCCGAGGACUGGGCGCAGGGCAAGAAGCACGCCGACGAGUUCAUUCUUCAUUGGUGAUUUGGAUGCCCAGCGAUGCCAUUAGUUAAGUACUCCCUCCGUUCCAAAAUAAGUAUCUUAACUUUGUACUAGCUCUAGUACAAAUUUAUACUAAGCUCAAGACACUUAUUUUGGGACGGAGGAAGUAGCAUGUAGCUUUAGUGAUGAUGCGCAUCCAUGCUCACUCGUAAAUGUAUUUACUCAUCUAAAAACUACCAAACUCGAAAUGUUUUACUCUAGUUGCUACCGCUGGAGU